UUGGCUCGUGGACCACUCAUAUUCAUAUGCUUCAUGUUCGCAAGUAGGAGGCAUAAAGUUUCAGUUUGUCGCGUGUUGUAUAUAAAUAUAGUUCCAAUAUCGAAAUGCCGCUAGAAAAUCUCGAGGAAGAGGGUUUGGAGAAGAAUCCUAAUUUGGAUUUGGCUCAAACUAAAUUUUUAUUAAGCCUACCGGAGCACAAGGAUGACUCUUUUCUGAAGAAGAAACUGUUAGAUGCCAUUAAAGCAGAAAAUAUGGCUCCAUUCUAUGAGGAAGUUUGUAAAGACUUGGAUUGGCCAGUUGACAAAGAACUCUUGGCCGCUAUGAAAGCCAAGAACAUGGAACAGUUAAAGGAACUGGAUGCUGCGAUCGAAGAUGCCGAACAGAAUUUAGGUGAAAUGGAAGUAAGAGAAGCAAAUUUGAAAAAGUCCGAGCAUUUGUGCAGAAUAGGUGAUAAGGACGGGGCAAUCUCAGCAUUUAGAAAAACUUAUGAUAAGACUGUAUCCUUAGGACAUAGAUUGGAUAUCGUGUUCCACAACAUUAGAAUUGGGUUAUUUUAUUUAGAUCAUGAACAUAUUACUAAAAACAUAGAGAAGGCUAAAAGUUUAAUAGAAGAAGGAGGAGAUUGGGAUAGACGAAAUCGUUUAAAGGUAUAUCAAGGAACAUACUGUAUAGCGGUACGCGACUUUAAAGAAGCUGCGAAUUUCUUCUUGGAUACGAUUAGCACGUUUACGAGCUAUGAACUCAUGGAUUAUAACACAUUUGUGAGAUACACAGUAUAUUUAAGCAUGAUAAGUUUGCCUAGGAACGAACUUCGAGACAAGAUUAUAAAGGGCUCAGAAAUUCUGGAAGUACUUCAUAGUAAUCCAGAUGUAAAAGCAUACUUGUUCUCUUUAUAUAACUGUCAGUACGCCGACUUUUUCAAAAAUCUAGCACAUGUCGAAGGUUUAUUGCGCAGAGAUUAUUUAGCUUUUCCACAUUAUCGGUAUUAUGUACGGGAGAUGCGCAUCCUCGCGUAUACGCAGCUUUUAGAAUCUUACAGAUCUCUAACGCUUCAGUACAUGGCUGAAGCAUUUGGUGUCACAGUAGAAUACAUCGAUCAGGAAAUAUCACGUUUCAUCGCCGCUGGAAGAUUACAUUGCAAAGUAGAUCGGGUUGGCGGAGUAGUUGAAACUAAUAGACCAGACAGUAAAAAUUGGCAAUAUCAAGCCAUGGUUAAACAAGGCGAUUUACUUCUUAACAGGGUUCAAAAACUUUCGCGUGUUAUUAAUAUUUAAUUAUGCAAACAAUAAACCAAUAAUAAUUUAAUA